AUGGAGGCGUCAGCCGACGCUGCGGCGGCGGCGGCGCGGACGCUGCGGUGGGCGGGCCGCGCCGGCCACCUGGGCGGCGUCCCGCGCGCCGCGGUGAUCGGCGCCAUCGGCACCGUCGCCAAGGCGUACAUGACGCUGCUCAACACCACCACCGUCCACAACGCCGACGCCCUCCACCGCGUCGUCAACUCGCGGCCACCCGGCACGCCGCUCCUCACCGUCAGCAACCACAUGUCCACGAUAGAUGACCCGUUUAUGUGGGGAUUCAAGGGUUUCCCUAUUACAGAUGCGAAGCUUGCAAGAUGGGUGUUGACAGCUGAGGAUAUCUGCUUCAGAAAUGCAUUCAUGUCUUACAUGUUUAGAGUCGGAAAAUGUGUGCCGAUCACAAGAGGGGCUGGAAUUUAUCAAGAGCAUAUGAAUGAAGCCCUUGAAGUGCUUAGCACUGGCAGCUGGUUGCAUUCAUUCCCUGAAGGAAAAGUAGCCCAAGAUCACCAGCCAAUCAGACGACUGAAGUGGGGAACUGCCAGUCUUAUUGUCCGAGCACCUGUAACUCCAAUAGUUUUGCCUAUUAUUCACACUGGUUUUGAAAAGGUCAUGCCAGAGAAAUCAUUUUUUGGGCGCCGUCCACCAUUCCCCCUCUGCGGCAAGGAGAUACAAAUUAUUGUGGGAGAGCCAGUAGAAUUUGAUCUGCCGAGCUUAAAGCAGGAGGCAGCAACGAUACCCCAAGACACAUCGUUUGAAAGGAAGGGCUGGCCGACCAUCACACCCGAGGGGCUAGACGAGGCAGCGCAGAGAUGGCUUUACCAGAAGAUGUCGGACAAGAUUCGGUCUGUGAUGGAGGGGUUGAGGAAAACGAUUCUGAACCAGAAGCAACAUUGAUCAUUUUGUUCUUUCACAAUAGGCCAAGGACCGAGGGCCUCCAUUUUUUCUCCAGUACCUUGUUGUGUUGGUUCGGAAUCAGAUAUAGCUCCACUAGCUAGUUUAAGAUGAUGCAAACACAACAGGUGCAAUCAGGAUGAGUAAUGGUUGGACAUUGCACCUUCCCAAAUGUACGAUAGAAGCAGUUAGGACAAUUAGAGUUCAGACAACCUGACUGUCAUUAAUGGCCACUAUAUUUGCACCCAAAUCAUAUUUAUUUGAACCACCAACACUGAUAUUCUUGUCUUUUUGUUAUGAUGAGUUUUACAUAACAAUAAGUUGUACAUGCCAGCCUAUGUUGUCAAUAUGUUCAAAGAGAUUAAUAUUACGGACGUGAAUUUUUGGCUC